AUAUCUCUUGCUGCGGCCCUCCGUGAAUGAAUACCUCAAACUGACUUUAGAUUGUUACUAUCCUUAUCCUGAGCUCUCAAUACCCUCCUAAAAUGAUUCCACGAAGUUAUUGCAAUGAGGAAGAGGAGUCAGGAAAAUAUCUUGCUUCGUCCCUCCCUGCGCGGCCCAUCGUGAUUGAAUGAUCCCGAGUCACGGUUGUGUUUGUCUCUAACCUGAGCUUCUAAAACCCUCCAUGAAUGUGUUUGCCAAGAGUUACUGCAAUGAGGAUUAACAAUAUUGGUGCGUUGCAAUAUUUCCGUGAUCCGGUUCACAAUGCGGGAAGAUCAAUGUUCAAAUUCCCUUGAUUAUAAUGUGCAUGGUGGUGGAGUGCCAGGGUCCGGGGCGUGGUGAGCUGCGCCGGAGUGUGGCGGUGUGCAAGCAGUGUAGUGCAGUGUGUUGUCACCUUAUUGCCCCUGGCUCCAUCAUGUGGCGGGCGGCGUGACUGGCGGGCGGCAGGUGUCGUGGGUGGUGCCAUGGGCGGCAGUUAGCGGCGCGGCGCGGGAGUGUCGCUGGAGUGGGCGGUCGUUAUGGCCCCCGCCCUCACUGAAGCGUCCGACCCGCAGACGUUCCACGUGGCUGCCCAUCACCACCACCAUCACCACUCCUCCUCGGGGCGCCCCGGCCAAAGCCCCGCGGGCCGCAGCAGCUCUCCGCCCGCCACGCACCUGCCGCUUCAGUAUGGCGGGCUGAAGGAGCCCCACGACUGCACCGACGCCCACUUGGCCGCCGCCCUCGCCAACGGUUCACGCCGAGCCUCCCGCCCCCCAGGCGCGAGUGGGCUGGCGUGCGGGCGGGAGGGGUGCGACCCUCCCCCACGCCCCCACGCCGCCCACACUACCAUGGACCCUCAGCCGGGCCUUCCGCCCCAGUGUGAAGCAGCUGUAGAAAGCAACAUUACCGCUACAACCACCACCACUACUACAACCACUCCGCAGGAGAACAUCAACAGCGAGGCGACCAUCAUGGGACAGGACAUGGCGCCGGACGCCAUGGCGCCCCACAGGUCCCCGCGGCCGCCACCCCACGACGGGGACAUCCUCGCCCUCAUAGGGAAAGACUUCCCCAACGUGAACGAGAUCAUCGACACCAUCGCCCGCCUGGCCAACAACCCUGAGGUGCUGGCGGCGGUGGACACAGCCGGCCUGAAUCUGCCCCCAGCCCCGCCCCUCUCGGAGGUGGCCAUUCCCGAGCACCAGCCUGAGCACCACCAGCCCCACCUGGAGGAGCAACCUAUUCAGCCUGAGGUGCUCAAGGAGGAGCGGGCUCGCCAACUGGUGGAAGAGCUCGGCCGCCGCCAGUGGCUGCUGGAGCGGCGCCAGGCACGCCUCCAGCGCCGCCUCCGUCGGGUCACUUCCAGGGGCCUCAGCGCCACCGUAUCUGGCCAGCUGCGGGACCUGCUGGAGUAUGGGCACGCGGCCCUCACCCAGCAGCGGGAGCAGCAGGCACCCACAGAUGACGGGGCGGCGCCCCCUACGCCCCCGGAGGUGAAUCUAGAGACAUUGCGGGCGGAAGCCAUGCGCACUAUGUCCACCACGGCGUUGGUGAACUUGGUGCGGCGCGUGGAGGCGUCCCAGGGGCUGGGCAGGCUACGAUCCUCCCACCGCCCCGCCGGCAGCAGUAAGCAGCAAUCCCCCGCCUCCAUCCCCGCUUCAACCCCCACCCCAGCGCCCACCCCUUCUCUUGCCCUGCCCGAGCACACCCGCGUGGAGGUGGCCGCCGUGGCCUCUGAGAUGCAGGCCGCUGCUCACGCCCACACCUACCAUGACUCUGACGCCACCGACACCUCUUCGGGCGGGGAGUCAUGUGACGAGCUGGAGGGCUUCCCGGAGACCAACACCAACUUCAACCCUGUGCGAGAGAGGGCAUUCGCAAGGUACUGCAGGGCGCGGGCGUGGGUGGCCUCCCGGUGGACGUGGCUGCAGGCUCAGAUAGCAGACCUUGAGUACAGAAUCCUCCAGCAACAUAAAAUAUACUCACACAUACGGAACACCAAAGGGGCAGUACAAGUAGAAGAGACCAGCCGGUUGCGAGGCACAACACUACGCGACCCUGCCCACCUAGACCUCCAAGACCCUGCCCUGACCUGCCUUGCCUCACCCACCACCACCCGCACUGCCGUCAAUGGCUACCACAGUCGGAUGGAGGAAGGUGUGGGUGUGGGGAUGGGCGGUGGCGGAGGGGACGGGACCUCAACAGCGCGGACGCAGGGGAUACGGGCAGUAAAACGUCGGCGUCUGGUUAGGGCUGGAGCUGGUCUCUGUGCUGGACUCAGACGGGGGGGUGGGGGUGGCAGGAUCCCGGCUGUUCAGUGUAAGUGUGUUCCGCCCCUUACCUGUGUUCUGUGUACCCGCCUGCAGGGUGUAACGCCACCCCCCGCACCCCCCGACCCCUACACCCAACCAGCCUGUGAGCGCCAUGCCAGGGUUGACCCCACCUACCACCAGGUCCUCUCCCAGCCUGCCGAUGUGUCGCUUUCUGAGAAGUUUGAUGUCAUUCUGAAGACCAUGGACUGGCAGAGGCAGGUGUUAACGACGAAGACGCCGCAACUGCGAACGGUGAAGGAGGCGGUGCACGUGGAGAAGAAGAAGAAGAGUAAAGAUAAGGAGCUCAAGAAGGAUCAUAAAAAACAUAAGAAGGAUGGGAAGGGAAGAAUAACAUUAAAAUUGAAGAAAUCAGUAUUUACUCCAGAAAUAUCAAAAGAUGGAGAAUUCAAAAGAAAAAAAGUGUCUUCUCAGGAACCAACAUGGACCCCGGUAGCACUCAGCAGCGGUGUUCUCUCCUCAGUACCGGCGAAAAAGGUUCGUCUUGAAGAGGAUGACGACACCAGCUCAGUGUAUGGAAGCAGCCUGCACUCCUCCCCAUCUGCCAGUCCAGCUCCCAUCGACCGUUCUUCUCUUAAAAGACACUCAACUUCCUCUUCCUCCAACUCCAACCAGAAAAAUAAACAGGCUUUGACUUCAAAAUCAUACGACAUCGAUAACAUCGUGAUCCCGUACAGCAUGGCAGCCACGACACGAGUGGAAAAAUUGGAAUACAAAGAAAUCCCAACUCCCAAGUGGAGGAUAGUCCCUCACCUCCCCAACAAUGUUCAUAGUUCAACAUGCACUAGUCAGGAUGAUGAUUUUGAAGAUGUAAGUGAAGAGGCAGUGAUUGCGCGACACAACCGAAGCGAAGAACUGGAACGAAAGAAGUUCCUCCAGUACCUCCACACGCAGGUGACAUCCAGGUCUUCCCGCUCCAGACGAACGGACUCCUCAGGAACUAACACACCAGACCACCCAUUGUCCCCCCGCCCACCAGACCCAGCCAGCGACACCAUCUCCCCGUUAGCCACCCCGCCCAACACACCACUCGCCCCCUCGGAGGACUCCAACCAGUCCUUGUCCCUCCCAGCAGUUGCCAGUAUUCAGAAUUCCAGUAGUAAUACAUCAGGGGCUACCAGCUCCACCUUCACCACCUUAGCUGCCCAGGUUGGGCUACCCAACACCACUUCCCACUUGUCACAACAUCAACAACCUAGUCAGCUUCUCAUACAUAACUCUCAGAUCUCCUCCGGCUCUAUCCUAACACAUCUCCCCACCUCGGCAUCAUUGCCUGCUGCCUCGUCGAUAUCCGCCUCACUAUCCUCUACCAUGUCAUUGUCCACUCCCUCGUCGAUACCCAGCUUCUCGUCGCUGCUGUCCGGGACGAGACGUAAUCGCACCCUCAGCAGCAGCAGCACCACAAAGAGCAAGGUGUCUGCUGGCAUGGAGGAGGCUGUCUCUGAUAGGCUGGAGGGCCCUACACCAUAUGAACACCGUGUCUUCCCAUUAAAUGAUGCAGAAUUGAUGGUGAUAACAAGGGAGACAGAAGACUGUGAUAUUGGCCCCCCCAGCCCACCCUUUGACACUUCAGCCAAUGAUGCCAAUAAUUAUGAGGAGAGUGGCCGCAGCACCCCGAUGAGUGAGGUGACAGACUCGGCCCCAGAGGAGGAUGGGGAAUUCGAUGACUCAGCUGCCCCAAAGUGGACUAUCUCAGGCCUGAAGGACGCCACCGGCCAGUGUGUGCUUCAGAUCCACCGCAACUGACGGUGGCCCACCUCGGAUAAAGUGGAUUACAGAAAUUAAACGUUAAAAGAUGUACAAAAAAAAAAAGAUGUUUGAUUAAUGUAGGACAAAUUUUUAUAUUUUACUUUUUACCUAUUUUAUCGAUCUCUACCACAGCCAAAGGAAAGGAAAUGGGAUCUUUACUACAUCUAAAGGAUUUAUUCUUUGGUAAUUGGCAAUAGGGUCAACAUUACUGAUUUAUGUGAAAAUCUUUUUGUUUCAUAAGUGGACAGACAACCAGUCAGGGAAAAGAAGGAAAUUCCAAUAUUUGUGAGGAUAAAGAAUGUAUACACAGUGCUCUUUACAGUGGAGGAUCUCACUCCACUCUGCUAGUAACCCACCAAAUGUUGCUUUGAAGCAUCACCACGCUGCACUAUUAGGAAUCCUGGGCUGUGCUGCGCGGGAUGAGUGUUGUGCGAUCAGUAGUUGUGGAAAAUACCUCUGAUAAUGAACUAUAAGCUUUUGCCAUUUUUAAUCUUUGUCAGGCAUAAUCACAUGUGCAGUUCAGCAUGCAAACUAAUAUUGUCUGAAGGUGAAUUUCUUGUAUCUUAAAGGAUGUAGAGGCUUCUCAGGAAGGUUCAGCACUCCCAGUAAGUAGAAUUUACAUUUUGUUUCCCUGUGUUAUAUAUUUCUUUGUAUCAGAAGUAUACCAAAACACGUUGGUAGUUCAGGAGUAAAGUCCAUGAUACAUAAUCAGUAAUGCUUGAAUUUUCUACUUCAGUACAUAUAAAUUUCCCCUGGCACCUUCAAUUUUCUUCUUUAGUAAUUACAUUUUCAGUACUAAUGGGAAGGGUAGGUAUGUUGAAAGUAGAUAGACUAGGCUGUGGUAUACUUGGGUAGCCUCCCUAUAUAAUGUGACUGAACUCUAGAAGUAUGAAAUAAAGUGGAAACUCAAGAUUUGCAUUGUAUAGAAGAAUAGAUUACAAGUAUGUUUAGCAUGUAUACCAUCAGUCAUGGCACUGACUGUAGGGAGGAAACCUUUCAGACUGAAAGACUUCCAACAAAUGGUAAGUAAUCAGUACCUAUGUUUUAAGUUAUUUACAGUGGAAGUAAAUAUGGUGGUGUAUAGCAGUGUACUGAUCUGGAAUUCAUAACUACCUGGUGUUUGGUUUGUCACCUUAUGGAUAAUAGUAUGCUGAUAAGUAAGACGGAAGAUGUGGGCAAGCAGAAUGCAGUGAAUGUUAUGAAUAUUCGAUUACAUGUAUUUAGUGCAUACUAUUUUGUUGAUGUUGAUUUUGAUGCCAAAGUGUUCAAAGGGCAUAGAAUUAUUUCAUACUUACAGAUAUUCAUCAUCAUUUGUACAAAGCAUUUUAUUUCACUCAUGUAGGUUCUUUUGAGUUACUUUCAUGGAUGAUAGAACAUCUACUGCUUUGUGUGUUGAACUUUGAGGCUCGUUGAUGUAUGGUUUGACAGGUGUUGUUACAACAGGUGUGUUAGUGCUGUGUGCAUCAAAACUACCUGAGUAAGUAAUUUGGUAACAUAUUUGGAUAGCCCAGUGCUUAUAUGGUGAUAGGAUUUGGUGUUGAGGGCUGGAAAUAUGGCUAGCCUAGCUGACCUUUAUUUGAAAUGUUUCAGUAAUGAAACGGCAAUUGUUUACAUGGUACCUAGCAAUUGCAAUAUUAUACUUGUGCUCCUGAAGGAAAGAGGAUCUGUUUCAGGAGAAUAACAAUGGCCUUUACAAAGACUAGAUUGAUCCUCUCUUUACCAGCUGCGCCUCCUGCCUCCAGUGGUGGUACAGCUCAAUAUACGCUUAUGUAAUAUGUGUCAUGGACUUGGAAAUAGCCCAUUGUACUGUUUGUUUUAUGAAGACCAUAGUAUUCACAAAAGGAUUCCCCAUUUAAGUUAUAUUUUCAGGUAUUUUAUGUAUGUAUUAAUUGCUCUGGUGGUGUAAGGGGAAGGUGUUUGCGUUGACACACUUGAAGAAGUCUCCUGUGUAAAAGGUUAUGUCAAAUAUUAUUAGUAGAAAUGGAAAUGUUUGUAUUCUGUCAAACUUUACCCGUCACCUUUUUUCGGUGAAACAUAGCAUAUCCUCUAUAGGCCCAAGUGAUCCUGUUUUCGUUUAGUUGUAUAUAUAUCAUUCAAAUUUUGAUAUAGGAUGGGUACAAUGGCAUUUGUAAAUAGUGUAUAAAUUCCAAUUUGAACAAGUAUUUAUAUUAUUCAAUGUUCCAUUGAAGUUAAUACUUGUUGGCUGAUCAAGAAAAGCACUGUCCUAAGUCAUUUCAAAGAAAAAUAUAAACCGGA